AUGAGUGCGUUUAUUGAUCGAUGUAAUCUGAAUUCAUCGAAUGAUGAAGACGAUGAAGAGGAGGAGGAAGAAGAAGAAGAAGAUUGCACGACAGUUAUCAAGAGGGCGUUUUCCGCUGAUUGCCUUCCGAAUGAGCUCAGCAGUGAGGAGCUAGAUGACGACGACAGUGACAGUGACGCCGAGUUUCUUGUGCAUCCUUGUCUACGCAGCAUCAUCAAAUCGAAAUCGGCGUAUGCGGUAAGAAAAGAUUAUUUGGAGGCGGCUAGCAUCAAACCGAGUAAAACCAGUUUCGAGAUUUCGUUAUCAAAAAUGAUGGAAUCUACUACAAAAAGCAUGGCAGUUGAAGCUGAAUUCUCAGUUGCCGAUCUUCUUCCAAGUCUUGACGAGAAAUGGCCGGAUCCUGAUGAAGAUGAUGACGAAAGGAAGCGAAAAAAGCGGAAAAAAUCGGCAAUAAUACGAUAUUCUCCGAGUGUCUCUGAGAAUUCCGAACUACAAUUCAAUAAUGAGUCAACGGAAUUUGAGCAUAAACGAAGCUCCGGAUGCUGGUCGUCGCCGCCGAAUUUCUUUUUGGAAGAAGAGGAAGUGGAUAGAGAGAGUCCAAAAAAUUUGCAAUCCUGGUCAGCUCCCGAUCUGUUCGAGGAGGACUCCGCUGUAGGGCAGGAUGCACCGCAAUCUGUACGGAUCCCGGCAAUCCGAGAACUUCAGGACCUUUCCAAUUAUUCGAAUAGUUAUCCGGCUAUUGAGACGCCCGACAAUGACCCUUCUAUAUGCUCGUAUCGACUUCCUUCUUCGGCGGGCUCUGCACCUUCGCCAUCUCCGCCGCGACCGUUGUCUCCAGUUUUUGGGAAACCCGCUCCAGCUUCAUUCCGCAUUCCGCAAUCGCAAUCGAUGAAUCUGCCGCGUCGGCCAGACAUCGUCGCGUUCCUGUCGGACGUCGCCGAUAUCAAUCCAUUGCCUCCGUCGUUCAGCAUCGGAUCGAGCGUAACGUCGGAAGAUGAAGAAGACGACGAUGAAGAGGAUGAGGGUGAUUCGGAAUGGAGACGAAGAAGGAAAGACGAGGAGGUUUGGCCGGAAGAAGGUGAAGCUCGUGUGUGCUGGACGGACACUGAAGGACGGGUACAUCGAUCCGCAACAUUUCAAAUAAGCCGCGGCCACGAGGACUAUCUUCAGCGUGUCCUUACGUCGUCGAGAUCGGCGCAUUCGCACCUAUACAAUAUUGUGGCAACGACAGACGCCGAGGAAGAAGCAGAUCGAAUUGGCGAUUAUCGUGGAAACGAAAUGAGCGCCGCGCUCGCCGGCUCCGCGCAUUCGCAAUUAGAUGAAGCUGAGAGGAAAGCACUGGCCACUCGACAGGCUUGGAUGGAACGAGGCAGUAUUGUGAGCUUGGGACGAAUGUCGGAUCGCACUGAUCCGUAUAGGAAUCGACUUCAUCCUGAAGUGAUUGAUGGCGGUGUGCACGUCAAUGGAAUUCAGUCGCAAUAUGGAAGCUACUCAUCAUUGGCGAAUGCUGAAACGAGCUCGUCAAUGAGCGCAAUGCGACGAUCAUGCACUACUGAUGAGUUCAGAAGGACAAGAAGGAGAUUGCCGAGAAGGCCUGAUGAGAUGAGCGCGCCAGUGGAAAUUCCGCAAUCGAAAUCGAUGUAUGAGCGAGCCGUAUUCGGAAAUGAGCCGCGCGAUUUCACUCUACGCGAUCAGCAUCGAAUUGACGAGGAUCGUGUGAUGGUUGAUGCGAAAAUUCCGAAGAGCCCGAGGCCGCCGAGUUUAGCACUUCAGAGCACGAUUGACACAAUAAUCGAGAAUAAUAGACAAUCGAUGGAGCCAAAUUUGCGUGCUCACGAUCAUCAGCAAUUGGAAACGCCCAUUUCACCGCAUGCCGUCCUUCCGUCGCCUGGUCAAUCAUCUUCGGGACGCCGUCUACCGCCACUUCCGAUACAUUCGGCCGCAUUACUACGAAGAAUUCCGCAGAAUAUGUCACUGCCUUCUGGAGCGCCGAAACCGCAAGAUCACACGCUAUGCUUCAUGGACGGAAUGGCCGAUUCUAUGAUGGAUCGAAGUACGAUAGGACUUGAUGAUUCUUAUUACGAAGAGGAUGGAAUCAACGGGAAUCGAAAGAGGAAACCUGGAAGGAAAUCGUUCUUCUCUCCAGACGAUUCCUCUGGUGUCUCAUCAUGCACUACUUCGGACAGCAUGGCGCCGACGCAUCGUGUUCAAUCUGCAUUCCAUCCGAGGCAUUCUGACGAGCUUCUUCUUGAAAUUGGCGACGCUGUUCACGUGGAUCGAACGGCUGAUGAUCAUUGGUCGUAUGGAACGAAUCUGCGGACAGGAAUGACUGGCAUAUUUCCGGCAUCGGUGGUUUGCGAAAUUGAUUUGGUCGAAGAGAUUUGCCUUGGAGCAUUGCCAACUAACGCUACUAAAAUCCUUAAUGAUGAUCGCGAUACUUUCUACCUCACGAUGUUAGCUUCCAUUGAGGUUGCUCAUCAUAAAGGAAAUGAUGUUUUGGUGCAGGCAAUGAACAAGGUGUUGUCCAUGUACAAAAAUUCUGAGGAGAUUAUUGUUCCCCAAACUGUCCUGAUGGAAGUUUCGUUUCGUGGUAUUCACGUGAUCGACAAACGCAGAAAGAAUUUCUUCCAAUGCCCCAUGUUCGAUUUCUUCUACAGCCUUCAGAAUAUUUCGUUUUGUGGAGCACACCCAAAACAAUUAAAGUAUUUUGGAUUUAUCACUAAACAUCCACUUCUACCCAGAUUUGCGUGCCAUGUGUUCAUGUCGAAAAACUCGACUCAACCGAUUGUGGAAGCUAUUGGACGAGCAUUCAAACGGUCGUAUGAUGAAUAUAUGGCGUUUGCGCAUCCAACCGAGGAUAUUUAUUUGGAAUGA